AUCCAAAUUGCAGCUUGAAGUGGAAAGAUUAUGUUGUAAUUACUGUAGAAUAAAAACAACGAAAAAAAAUUGUGUUCAAAUUCGCAACAAAAAACUAAGAAACAAAAAAUAUAAGUGACACAGAUGUCAUAGUAAGCGCGUGUGUUUUGUGCUGUGUCCGUGGCAAAGGAAAAGCAGGAAAGAAAAUAAUAGAAAGCCUAGUUGGUGCAAAUUUGAGACGUAUUAUUGAUUUUUUCACAGAAGCGACGAAUUUUUAUUGUUGUGCUCGCUAGUAAAUUACAUAGCGCACGAGUCGCGUUCUCUCCUGCUGCAAUAAAAAGUGUAUUUCUUGUGAUAAAAAACAAAUUAAGACAACGCGCACCGCCAGUAGUUUUCCACACGACCUUAACUGUAUUUAACCUGCCACCCACCCACCACUCUUGAUUUCCGCUGGAACUCGUUGUCGGUGACACAAAGAACAACAACAACAACGAAACGCGCGUCAGACAGCACAGAAAUUCAAAGCGCACUUUAUAUCAUCACGCUAUAUAUACAUACAUAUAUAUACACGUAUAUAUAUUGGGCACCCCAGCACUGAAGGGAGAGACGAGACCCGAGCAGGCUAAGUAUUUUGGGGACCGACGACAGUUCAACAAAAUAAAACAAAGAGACACAAUCACACACUCAGAAAUAUAGACACACCUCCAGACCCCAACUGCAAGAGAUUAAACUAAACAUGCCACAAGCGGAGGGUGGCUAUAUAUCGCUGCCGAAUAAUGCCAAUAGCAAUGGCAAUGGCAGUGGUAGCGCCAUUUAUCAAUCGACCACAGAGCCCACAGCACCGCCCUCGGUGUUUGAGAGUGUGAAACGGGUCAUAGGUCAGGCAAUGAAAUCGACGCCUGGCGAUAGCGAGGAGUUAUUGCGCCUGGAGCGCCAGGCAGUCCUUGUUAAUGGCAGAGACCGGGACAAAACUGGUAAGACACUGAACACCAAGAUGCCGUCAGCACCAACACACACUGCCGAGGAGGCACAUCUGCUUGGCACCAUGCCUGUCGAUCCCAUGGAUGACAUCGAACUGCGCUCUGUUCAGCUGCAAUUUCCGAAUGCACGCGGAUCCAUUGUGGAUGCCUGUGAACAGCGUCGCGUGCCCACAGACAAGGGAGACAUACAUGUGGCCAUACAGGGUGAUACCUCGAAGCCGGCAAUCGUCACCUACCACGAUUUGGGCCUGAAUUAUGCCACCAGUUUUGCUGGCUUCUUCAAUUUUCCGCUUAUGCGCGGCCUACUGGAGAAUUUCUGUGUGUACCAUGUGACCGCACCCGGACAGGAAGACGGCGCACCCACAUUGCCAGAGGACUACGUCUAUCCAACCAUGGAUGAGUUGGCCGCACAGCUGCUCUUCGUUCUGUCGCAUUUUGGCCUGAAAUCGGUUAUUGGCUUUGGUGUGGGCGCUGGCGCGAAUAUAUUGGCACGCUUCGCCCACGGCCAUCCAGAUAAGGUGGGCGCUCUGUGUCUAAUCAACUGUGUGUCCACACAGUCCGGCUGGAUCGAAUGGGGCUAUCAGAGUUUCAAUGCGCGUUUCUUGCGCACCAAGGGCAUGACGCAGGGAGUCAUCGAUUACUUGAUGUGGCAUCACUUCGGACGGAAUCCCGAGGAGCGCAACCACGACCUGGUCCAGAUGUAUAGGCAGCAUUUUGAGCGCGGAGUAAAUCCGACCAAUUUGGCCAUGCUGAUCAAUGCGUAUAUACAUCGCAAUGACUUGCAUUUGGCACGUACACCUCCCGGUACACCUGGAACUGAGACGGCGGCCACCACAUUAAAAAUGCCGGUGAUCAAUAUAACGGGCUCGUUGUCGCCACAUGUCGAUGACACGGUCACCUUCAAUGGGCGUCUGGAUCCAACGAACUCGUCGUGGAUGAAGAUUUCCGAUUGCGCUAUGGUGCUCGAAGAGCAGCCGGCUAAGCUGGCUGAGGCCUUCCGGCUAUUCUUGCAGGGCGAGGGCUACGCAACGCCGCUCUCAACGCCCGCUAGUUCACCAUGCGGCACCAAAUAUCACACGUACUCAUCGAUAUUCUUUGCCAAUUUUCGUGAGCAACAAUUGCAGGCGGCGCAAGAGCGAGAGCGGGAGAGAGAACGGGAACGUCAGCAGCAGCGUCAGUUGAGCAUGCGCGUUGGCAAUCGCCUGCGAGAGACGGCCAUCAACUGCACCACGAGCGGCAGCAGCAGCAACAACAGCACCGGGAACACGGGAGGCAACAACAAUGACGACGAUAACAACUCUCAAGAGAUGGACAUGGAUUUGAGCAAUGGGAAUGGUAAUGGCAAUCGCGCCUAUGUAACCACCACAGACACAGCCGGUACUCUCUAUUAUGGCACACAAACCAAUAAGAUACGCAUCACUGAGAAUCCACUGCCCGAAACGGUUAGCUCUUAGAUGGGAGAUAGAACAAAUUGCAUGCAAAACAUAUUGUUAUUGUUGUUAUAAACUAUACAGAAACAAACUACAUACAUAUAUACAAGUACAGCAAAAGGAAACUACAAACUAAACUAUAAGCAAACAAAAUGCAAAAUGCAAUACACGAAACGCAGCCAGCUGAGCACACAAAUUGCCAUACCAAGCCAAGCUUCAGGUGCAGGAGCAGCAGAAGGAUAAGCAGAAGCAGCGCAGCCAUCGCCAACUAGUUGUAGACAUAUGUAUGCCGAGCCGUGCUCUAAGAGACAAAUACACCGCUACUUAUACAUAUACAGUAUAUACAUACUACAUAUGUAUGUAUGUAUGUUCAAAUAUCCGGGCUGGUUGAUAACAAAUAGGUAAGAAAAUGCAAAUUUAGGUGCCGUCAAAAUCUUCAAAAUAGGACUUCGUUUCACAGAUCGCCCCUCUCCACCAACUAUUUCUUUAAGACUGUGGUGUAAUCGGGAGAAUAAGUUAGAAGUGGAUCUUCUUCGCAUUAAAAUUAUAAUUAAUUUAUCAUGAUGACUACGCUUUUGUGCCCUGAUGAAAAGAAUGAUAUUAUAUGCCCUCGGAAAGCACAUUAAAUCGAUGCAAUAACUGAAUAUUAUUUUAUUAUUAUUAUAAAUCCAUGUGAAUCCCAAAAAAAUAAACAGUCGU